AUGGAUUCAAAUAAAAAUGAGAUAAUAUAUCGACAAAUGGAAGUGAAAGACCUGAAAGAUGGUCUCAAUUGUUUCACUGCUCAUAAUCUUCAGGAAAGUUUGUCCACUUUAGAGGCAUAUUAUGAAUGCGAUCCAAAGGCUUUCUAUGUGGCCAUCAAUAAUAGUGACAAUAGGAUUAUAGGUGUUUGUGGAGCGCCGGUCACAACACAUAAUUCUGGGUUUUUAGGUCUCUAUGGCGUUGAAAAAGGUUUCCAGAAUAGAGGAAUCGGACAAAAAUUGUUCAAACUUUGUCUGAAACACAUUAAUACAAGAAACUGUGGUUUACAUGCCGUACCCGAGAAGUUAUCCAUGUAUGAAGAGAAGGCAGGUUUUGGUGUUAGGGAAGGCGUCUCAAUGGUUGUGUGCAACGAUUUACCUCAGAAUUUGGAGGAUCUCUUGAAGACAAUCAAUGAAAACACAAGAGUUGAUGAAUUGAACAAAGAAAACAAAGACUUAUUGACAAAAAUAAUUGAAUACGAUUUGAAAGUACACAAUGAAAGGCGUGAAAAAUUGCUUUCAUUGAGUCUCUCUAAACACGACUACAACACGUUUGUGGCCAUCGAUGACAAGAGCGGACAACUCACUGGUUAUGGAUGUAUUCGACUCCAUAAUGGAGGCAAAGGAAUGAUAGGACCCGUCUAUGCAGACAAUGACACCAUCGCUGAAGUGUUGAUCUAUAAUCUCAUAAAGUCUUGUAUUGCGGCACAAACUAAAGGUCUGCUAUUUAUGACCAUAUCUUCCUCAUCGGGUGGCAUCAGAAUCGCUCAGAAAUUGCAAAUCACUGAACGAGACAGAUGUGAGCGAAAUCUUCCUAAUACUUAUUAA